AUGACCACGUUCACCGGAAUCACCUCCGUCGCUAACGCCACCGACAACAUGUCGCAGUUCAAGCAAGCGAUGAGAGAAGUCUCGAGAAACCCGGAAUGGAUGAGCUCGCGUCUCAUCGAGCGUCAGCGCUGGAAUCCGUACUCGAUGGAGGGAGGAUCGACGUGCGCCAUCUCCGGAGAGAACUUCGCCAUCGUGGCAAGUGACACGAGAAUGACGCAGAGCGACGUCAACAUUCUGACGCGUGAUGCCGAGAAGAUUCAUGUUUUGUAAGUGGAAAAUGGGGUGCUAUCAAAGACAGUGUACAUUUAGGAACGACUCGAUCAUUCUGACGACGUGCGGAUUCUACGGAGACGUGCUCCAACUGAAGAAGGUGCUUCAAUCGCGUCUUCACAAAUACCGCUUCGACUACCGCACCGAUAUGUCCGUGGAUCUGUGCGCUGAGCUGCUCUCCCGCAACCUCUACUACCGUCGCUUCUUCCCCUACUACACCGGAGCCAUCCUGGCCGGAGUCGACGAGAACGGGAAGGGAGCCGUGUUCAGUUACGAUCCGAUCGGAUGCAUCGAACGACUGGGAUACUCGGCCAGUGGAGCCGCCGAGCCAAUGAUCAUUCCGUUCUUGGAUUGCCAGGUCGGACACGCCACUCUUGCCGAGGGAUACGAGCGCCCACAGCUCACUCUGGAGAGAGCCAUCUCUCUGAUGAAGGUGCACAACUUUAAGAAGAAUUCAUAAAGAGUAUUGUUUUUCAGGACUCGUUCCGCGGAGCUGCCGAGCGUGAAAUCUCGACCGGUGACAAGAUCCAUCUGGUGAUCGCUGAGGCCGGAAAGCCGAUCGUCCAGAAGUUCCUGCCACUUCGCGAGGAUUAA